GAAAUAGAAGCACUGUUGCUGCAAAAAAUCGUCGAAUGUAUAACGAUCCGUGGUGAAAUGGGAAAACUUCGCGAGCAGGCGCGCGCGUCGAAGAGAACCCAAGAAGCAACACGUGCUAAGUGUCAGCAGCUUCAGAAACAAGUAGAAGGAUUCGAGAUGGUUUUGAAGCGAAUAACGUACGACAAAACCCUCAACCAAGACAAAUACGUGCAGCCGAUCAAAAUCAAUCGUUCCGUUGGUCUUCAGGUCAAUUUCCAGUCUGAUCAUGGUAUACAAAAUCUGAAGCAAAUUCAGGCAUUCAGAGCUAACGCUUCGGCCACAAGAGCAGCAGCAGCGACAGCUUCGACAUCCACGGUAUCGUCCCCAGUGUACGACAACCACGUGUCGAGUCCCAAAAAGAUAAUAAAAAUCCGCUCGCCCCGUAAACCAGAAAUGUCCGUCGUAUCUAUGGUCAGUCAGACGUCCACCGGCAAUUCUACGAUUUGUUCGACGCCCAUGACGACCAUUACCGGCACCACAGCCCAAAUCACGAGUAAGCUCCUCGAAGCGAGCAACAAACGGCCGAUCACUCUGCAAAACGCUGGGAACAUCAUGCAGAUUUUACAACCCAGUAGUCAGCAGCAACAUCAACAAACUCUCAUUGUUAACAGGACCAUUCAGAAGCCAACACAAACGGUUUCGGCUAAUAAUGGCAACACGAACAAUAGCAGUGUUACUACCAAUAACAACUCCAAUGACCUCAUAGAUUUGACUGACGAAGAAGACAAGAACAAAUCCAAGUUUGCUGUUGGGCAAACUACUCGUCAAAUUCCUGCUCCAUCUGUACAGCCCGUUAAUAAUACUGCAAUCAGUAGGGUUCCUACAAGAGUAUUCCAAGCUGUCACUACCAGUGGUGUUCCGCUCUCCAGUGCAACUAAUCUUAGAUUAGUUACUACUAAUUCUCAAUCGUCCCCUAAUGCCAUAGUAAACAAUUUGAAUGGUCAAAAAGUGACUUAUGGCACGGUAGUUAUGAAUGGGAAUAAACAGUUGUUACUAACUAGUAAUCAGAUACGGCAAGUUUCAAGUGUACAAGGAAAAAAUAUUACCACUCUUUACAAUAAACAAGGACUGCCAACGCUAGCUAAUGGACAAACGCUACGAGUCCUACAACCUACUACAACACUUCAGGCACAAGUAUUACGUCAUCCAGCUUCCUUACCCGAGAACACAACACCAGUUGUAUCGAAUCCAAAUUGGAAAUUGCCGCCACCUGCUCCAUCGUUAAAAAUAUCAAAAGUAGCUACUGGAAUCGUUUUAUCGUGGAACAUGAACUUGACGGAUAAGUUUGCCAAUAUCGCUAGUUAUCAAUUGUUUGCGUAUCAAGAGGUCGCGGGAACGGCCCCCAGUCCCAAUAUUUGGAAAAAAAUUGGUGUAAUGUUGACAAUGAUUAUGUUGAUAAAG